UAUUGGUAGAAAGCAGGAGCGUGAACGUGUGGCCCAAACCUUUCCUAAACCUUGCAUUGCUACAACACCAAAUAAACACGCGUGACACGAAGUUUGACAGCGCUCUCACGCGUUGCUCUUGCUCUCACUUGGCCGAGAGAAUUUUCCCUUUCGCUCUCUCAUUCCACUGCAAAUUUCCACGAACACCACGCAGCCACGCAGCAGACGGUUCUGCAGUCAGUCAGUUGUUCCGUAGCUUUUCCGUAGGUUAGAUGGAGCGAUCGUGCCGGGUCCGUUGUCGGCUGGUUGGCUAGUUUUUUGAAAGAGGGAGGCCCUCAUUUUCCACACCGACUCGUUUUUCGCUCCAUCGCGCUUUCUCGAUCCAUUUUUUGCCUUCCCUUCCCCCGUCGUCGCCCGCAUCGUACUGUCGCGGCCUAAGCUUAUCGUUUAAUAGGCUUUCACCUACAGUGCCGGAAAAUUAAACCUAAACCCAGUGUCCCAGUGUGUGGCGCAGUGCUGUGUGUGCUGUGUGGUGGCGUUUCGAAAUGAUUUUUUCCUCUCUUUCACUCGCUCGACGCUCGGUGUGUUCUAAUUAUUCAUCGCAAUAGUAAUCGAGAACGUUCUGAGUUCUGAAAAAAACAACCAGAAAGAAAUGUAGUUUGACGCCAUCAGUAUGUGUGUGUGUUUGUUUCGUGGAAAAGCUCUACUAGAAUCGUGUGUGCCUAAUAAACAUCACCUGAUGAAACUGCUGUGAGGUUGUGAAACUCGUAAAAAGGAUAUUUGUACAGUCGGCUUCUUGUUUUUUCCCGGCGCUACGGUGAUGCAUGUAGAGUAUGCAUGAAGUCCUCGUGUGUGUGUGUGUGUGUGUGUGUGUGUGUGUGUGUGUGUGUGUGUGUAUGUGUGUGGCUGUGACAUAAUGCGGUACCGAUCGGUUUCCCAGGGGUUUCACGCAUUGGACCUGCUCUCCGGUUUCCUCACGUUCUCUUCAUCUUCUUCUACUGGCUGCUGAAGAAGGACGGAAAGAAUAUCUAAACCCGCUGGGCUGGCCUGGCUUUAUCCUUGGGUCAUAAAUUGGGAGCACAAAUCCUGCUGUCCCCCCCGGGUGAUAUGGAAAAGCGUGCACCAACACAACCAUCACACCAACGCUGAAGGGGACGGAUGUUGCGGUUGUCCUGUCCUGUGACCAUAAGCACCAAAUGCACCAACAACCAUGAAACAACGGCUCAGCAAAUUGUGUUGAACGGAGGAAACGUGCUUUCGUGCGGCAAAUCGCUUCUGAGGAAUGAUUAUUUUCCCAUACACGUUGUGUGGCUUAUGAGGAAAUUAGAAUUUGAAUCGAUUGAGGGAACAAAGCAAACAAAAUACUAAUUCUCGAUAGGUUUGUAUGAGCUACUACAGCAUUUAUUCAAACGAGCGUUACCAAUAGGCGUGUGGAUAAAGCAUUUUAAUUAAAAACACCCGCCAACGUGCCAGAAGCGGUCGUUCUUUCCGUCGAGCAUUAGUACAUCAGCUGCCUGGUUGAAAGAUUGCUGCACUCUGCUACCUUCUGCCUCGCAAUGGACGGAUCGGCACUGUCAACGUUUCCGCGAGGAGCUCGCCCAAGUCCCAGCAAGCGGGCGGCUAGUCAACCGAUGGCUGCCACAACGACGCUUGCCAACAACACAGUCAGCAGCGAGGCCAGUAACGGUGGCUGCGAACGGAACCGCGAAUCGUUGCCCAACGGUACAAUGGUGCGGGAGCUGCGCCGUGAGCGAGAAGCAGCGCCGCUGGAGAGUCCGCGCGACUCCCCGGCCACGAACCGGAUCCGCACGUUCAUGGGCAAAACGCCGAGCGCCAUCAAGUCCAAGUUCCUGUCCGUGCUGGGCAACAGUACCGAAAUCAUUAACGGAAUCUCCAACAAGAUUGAUGCCGCCCUCAGUCUCACCUCGUCCUCCGACACCGAAACGACGGCCAACCGCAACCAGAUGAAGGUGGACGACAUGCUGCGACGAAAGUACGAAUCGUCCAACAUGAAGCAUCCAGAUGAUACCCGCGGCGAGCAUCAGAUCGACUACGAGCUGCGUCGGGCGAAGGAACGACGGGCGCAUGAGGAGGUCCUUUCGGGGCGCUAUCGGAAUCCAGCCUUCUCACACCUUCUACCGCCACCUACUCCUGUUCCAAGCACACCACCACAACCGGUGCCAACAGCGACGAGUACGACCAAACCGAUGACGACGACGACGACGACGACGACAUCCGCCGGCAAAGAGAGUGAGGAGCGAGUGACGGAACGGGCUCCUUCACACAGUCUCAGCGCUGACUUUAGCCACAGCAACUUCAGCCAGAACUCGUGCUCGCUCGAUUCCAAGUCACCGCAACCGUCGGCGGGCGGGCCGGAUCUGGGCGAGACUGUAGGCAGGCUGGGUGCGACCAACAACGCCGUUGCAACGCUGGAUGGGUUUCCCUGGGGCAGGGACUUUUAUCACGGGCGAGAGCCACGGCUAGGUAUUCCGAGCAGUGCCUCCACCAGUGACAACGAAUCGUGCGCCUUCAGCGGUACGCUCGAGUCGUCCGAGCUGAAGAUGUGGAUCCGGUCCGAGUCGGAAAACUCCGUCCCGUCCUGGGCGUCCUCCAUCAGCCUCGACAGCCAGUCGGAGGAGGCGGUGCUGGACUUUAUGAAGCGGUUCGUGCGCAUUCUCUUCCACGACAGCUCCAGCAUAACGCUGCAGCUCAAGUCGGACUUUGGGCAGUUUGCAAGGACGGAAACUGGACGAUUGUGGUUUUCCCGUUUGGUUAACGCACAGCGGGCCAAGACGAAGCGGGUGGACGAGUCCACGUUCUACUCACUGAUUCAGUAUUUCGCGAUCGUGCUGUUCGAGUGCGCCGAAAGCGAGGACUACUCUCCGGCCAAAACGCUUAUGAACAUGUGCUUUACCUUUUACCAUGAUAUUGACGUACCGGGCUGUGAUCCGUACCGGGAGUACCUGUACACCUAUCUGCGCGAUCAACCGAUCUGGCAGACGUUGCGCUUCUGGAACGCGGCCUUCUUCGAUGCACUUCAGACGGAACGGAAACACCGGCCGGUGCCACCGACCGUCAAGCAUUCCCCCAGUGCACCGCCGUCACACACGAAACAGUCGUCCAAAGGCAGUGGAACCGUCCCCAACAUAGGAGAUCCAUUUCUGGGAGGCACGGAGGAAGCUGCGACUAGCGCAGCGACACUCACCGUUCCAGAGCAGGAGCGGUCCUCGUCCACCAGUGCUUGCGACCGGACUGAUCCGGCAGAGUUGCAGGAGGACAAGCAUUACCAUCAAAAUCUUAGCUUUGGCCAACUGGGAAGUUUCACGUGUAACAUGCACGCAUUUGGACUGUCCCGUGAGCUGUGCAAUGAGUUCCUGGUGAAGCAGAGUGUCAUCGCCAAUCUUUCACCUGAGCAACAAAAAUUGCUUCAGGAAAACGUAGAUCGCAUGUACCGCGAGACGGACCCGUGGCGGGAGAACUAGGACACACCAAGCGAAUGAUAGAGCGCAACGCAACCGACCUGCUACAAAGGGGGUCGAGUCGAAGGGAUAGUAUUUUGUGAUAACUUUUUGUGAUGUCCAAUAGCCGAGGAGCCCGAUAAUUGGUCCUGUUUCCUAUGAAAGAUCGAUACGCAUCCAAAAGAAGAUAGUCUAAUCGAUCUACAAUCAGGCAUCUUUGAGCAAUAGAUUUCCAUACCCUGCGCAUUUGCCUACUCAAGGUAUGGUAGUUCCUUCAGGAUUUUUAAUACCCCGCAUUGCUAGUUGCUGCAGUGUUUUGAUUUAACGUUUAAUUAAUAGUAAUUUCGGAUGGAAUGGACAUCUGUUUCUGAAGUGCUGAACAGUAUCAGAGUGUCGAAAAAAUGGAAAUGUAUAGAUCACGAAAGCAAUACAACCAAUCCGGCGAGUGAUGUGCAAAAGCAUUUGACAAUAAAGCAUACAGACGGGAUUAAAGCAAAGAGGAUGGAAUCAAGCAAAACUGAACAAUACGAUAACAAGAGGAGCUGCUGCUUAACGUAUCGCGCCCGCGUGCGAUUGCAGAGGGUAUUAAAGUAUAUCAUUCCAAUAAGAAAUGAACCACAAGAAGUGAUCAGAGCAGAUCGAAAGAUCGUUAAACUAUUCGAUAAUGAGCAAUGCUUUAAGUAGGGUUAAAGAAGACACAGACAAACACACGAGGUACUAACGCAGAAGGAUACGCCAGCACUACUACACACCCAGUUGUUAUGUCGAAUAGGCAAUAAGGAGCAAAAACACACAACUCUUUGAGCAGCAAGUAAGAAGAUAACAUAAUCGUGAUACAAAACGUUAACUAGUUCAUAAAAUAUUUCCAAAAGUAUUCCGCGGCGUGCGGCUGGUGAUGUUAGGGACAGGAGAAGCUCGAACCGGGACGCCAAGACGCAGACACACGGUGGUACAAGGUGUGGAUGGUAUUGCAGCCGCAUCUAUUUCCAAGUACAUAGAUUUCUCGCCUAUCACAAACUAAACCAAACAACAGAAUAAACCCUCAAACCAAUUCGAAUGCAACGGUUACGGCUAAAGUUGACUUGAAAGAAAAAUGAAACAUUUGUAGAUUAUAAACCUUCUCGUUUGUCUCUUAAGUACGUUCUAUCUUAGUAACUUUGCGUCUUUUAGGUGGUAUGCUAACCUUUUU